AUGAUAGACGCAGAUAGAAGGUUGGCUACUUCUGCCAUCUCACAGGGACGGGCAACACUGCUUCACGUAGCAGCAGAAGCAAAUCAGUUGCACUUCGUAAAGGAGCUUGUGAAACUACUGAGCGAUGAAAGACUUGGAACUACAAGAUUGCAAAGCCUAUUUGGAAUAUUUGCAGAUUUAGCUUUGAAGGUAUUACGAGAGAAACCAAGGCUAGCUUUGGCAAGGAAUGAGAACCAGGAGACGGGCUUGCAUGUUUUGACCCGAAAGCCUUCAUCCUUUAGUUGUCGAGGAGGCCUAGGACAAAGGUUUCUAAAUAUGCUCACGAACUCAGGUAAGAGUCCAACUUUGGCCCUCCAACUUGUCAAGUGUCUCUGGGAGACACUUCUUUCUCAAGAUGGCAUAGAGAUGCAGACUAUUAUAAAAGUCAUAAGUGAACCAUCUCACGUAAUAUUUAUUGCCACAGAAGUUGGAAAUUUUGAGGUUUUGGCAGAGCUGGUUAGAUCUUACCCAGAUCUCAUGUGGGAAGUUGAUACCAAAAAAAGAAGCAUCAUUCACAUUGCUGUUUUGCACCGCCACGCAGACAUAUUUAAUCUAAUACAUGAAACAAGCUCUAUCAGGAAUUUUGUAGCAACAUUAGAGGAUGAGGAUAAAAACAAUUUACUGCAUUAUGCUGCAAAAUUAUCACCACCGAGCAAACUUAACUUGUUGCCUGGAGCUGUUUUUCAGAUGAACCACGAGUUGCUGUGGUAUGAGGAUGUGAAGAAAAUCAUGCAACCUUGUUUCAUAGAGAUUAGAAAUUCCGAUGGUAAAACUCCUAUAGAAUUAUUCACUGAAGAGCAUUCAGAGUUGGUGACAAAAGCAGAGUCUUGGAUGAAAAGCAGGAUAAAUUCUUGUAUAACUAUUUCAACGAUCACUGCUACACUAGUGUUGGCUAUAGCAUUCAGCGUUAAGCCUGAGGAUUACCUUGACUCCGACAAUAUUAGUACCUUCAUCUUUCUAACUGGAAUGGCAAUGAUGCAUUCAUUAUUCUCCAGUCUGAUUUUCUUGUCUAUCCACAUCACAGCACGUUAUGCAGAUGAAGAGUUUUUGAAGUCACUGCCGUCGAAUCUAAUGUCGGGACUGGCGACAUUAUUUAUGUCCAUAACAAACAUGAUGACGGCAUUUAUCAUUGCCUUCCUCGACCCAAAGAACGAAUUAGGGUUGUCAUUAGGACUAAUUCUUUGGGUGGUGCCUUUACUAUUCAGCUUAUUUAUGAGAUAUCUUCCGUUUCCAUUUGGGCCAUACAUUGUCAAAAACCCAGCCUAUAAGUCACCAAGUAAAUACAUUUUUUAUACUAGGAAAGCUAAGGCCGUGUAAACCAUGAUUCUACUAGGUUAAAUAAGUACCUAUCCUACUUCAAAAAUUGUAUCUGUACUAGUUUGUCAAGUUUAUUAUGCCUAUCAAAGAGCUUGCAAUGUGUAAUGUAGUGUAGGCUAGGAAGUACAACUUACAUUAAUUUUCAGCUAAACAGAAGAAAAUAAAU